AAAAAUAAAAAAAUCUUCUCUCAUAUAUAAACACCGAUUAUAUAUGCUCCUCAUUUUCGCAUCGAAAGUGAACAAGUUCAAAUUAAGCAUUCCUCAGCUCGUCAUACUCUCAGUCAGCUAUAACCAGAAGAAUUCUCAGCUCAUUCAUUCAAGAAAAUGUCUUUGAUUCCAAGCAUCUUUGGAACUCGCCGGAGCAACAUCUUCGAUCCCUUCUCUCUAGACCUGUGGGAUCCUUACCAAGGGUUCCCGUUUUCAAGCGCCGUCGCAAAUGCCCCCGGCGCCUCGGCGGGGGAUGCAUCGGCCUUCGCCAACGCGCGUAUUGACUGGAAGGAGACGCCGGAGGCUCACAUAUUCAAAGCAGAUCUGCCGGGGCUGAAGAAGGAGGAGGUGAAGGUGGAAGUUGAAGAAGGGAGAGUUUUGCAGAUCAGCGGAGAGAGGAGCAGAGAGCAGGAGGAGAAGAACGACAAAUGGCACCGUGUGGAGCGGAGCAGCGGUAAGUUCCUAAGGAGAUUCCGGCUGCCGGAGAAUGCGAAGAUGGAUGAGGUGAAAGCUUCUAUGGAGAAUGGAGUGCUCACUGUUACUGUUCCCAAAGUGGAAGUUAAAAAACCUGAAAUCAAAGCCAUCGACAUCUCUGCUUAAAUGUAUGAUUUUGUGAGUAUCAAAUUUUGAAUAAGUGCUGAACAAAUGCUGUGUACUAAGAAAAUGAGUGCUUAAAAUGUUGUAAUUUUUCUUGUCCAGAAAAAAUAAACGGUAAAUCUGCUUAUCUCUAAACAA